AUGUCCGAUUGUGAGAUCGUCUACGAAUGCAUUCAAGCGCCGGCCAUCACUCCGAGAUUCCAACAAAAAUUUGCGAUCAAAGAAGAGUUGGACGCGUCCGUUCAAUUUAUCGGUGAAGUGAUCCGCACGCCGCGAAACGGCGAACAAAAAGCUAUUCCCAAAGCGGAGAGAUUGCUCGUGGCUCCAACUCCUCCAUUGCCGACCGAAGAAAAAGAAGACAAACGCUUUCAGAUAAUCGGCAUUUUUGUGGCCAUUGCUUUAUUACUCUGUUGCUCAUGGGAAGCGAAUGAAUUGAUCAGUGGAUGGAGGAAUGGACGAGGAAUCGGAUGGAUUACCCAACAAUCAUAUCUCAUUUUGAUCUCGAUCUUUCUCGCUGUGCUGGCCGUGGUCCCGUCGACGAGUCUCCUCACCCCGUGCACCUCUCGCUCCGAAUUCCGCCAAAUGGUUGAGGCAAAAGUCGAGAAAAAGAAGGAAACCGGGAAAGACUCGGAUCGGAAAGGGAUCCUUCGGAGUCUUUCAUUUCAGUUCUCGAAUUUGAGUCGAAAGAUGAGCUUAUCGCCGAAAGAGGAGAAGGACCCGAACCCGUACGAUUCGACUCCGGAAGAUAACUAUGAUGAGGUUGGUUUGGGUCCGCUUCUUGGUGUGCAAUGCUUCGGAAUUCUACAAAAAAAAUACAAAAAGAAGAACCGGUCAGCCACGUGGAAUAAAAGAUUUUUCGUGCUCAAAGAGUGCUUCUUAAUGUAUUAUCCAGCGAGGUUGUUUAAAGAGUUCGAGAAGACGAAAAAGAUCAAUCUUCAUCCAAAGGGAGUGAUUCCAUUGAUUGGCUGCUCGAUUGUUAGCGGAGGAGAGGCCGGUCGUCGCCAUUGUCUUCUCAUCGCUCAUCCACAAUUCCCGUCAGCACUCGUGCUUUGUGCGCACGAGCAAAAAGUCCAGGAUCAAUGGUUGAAAGCGCUCAGAUCGGCUACAAAGAUCUCCUACAAAAACACGAUUGUCGGCGAGUCGAUGAUUCGCGAAUUAGAGAGCAGAGGAAUGUUGCUAAAUGAGGAAAAGAAGGGAUAUGAGGAAAGGCUUAGAGAAGAGGCUGAAGCAAGACAACAAGAACAUGAUAGGGUCAUGGAGUUGGCCAAAGUGAAAGAGGAGCUUGAGGCGGAACGCGAGAAAUUGAUUCGAACCACGAAAAAGCUCAAGGAUGAUUUGCAAAGUGUGAAAAACGAGCUGAAGAUCACGAACGAAACAAAAAGGACAUUGGAAUCCGAGAAGCUAUCGUUGAACUCGAAAACCGAGCAUUUAGUGGCGAGUAUGGAGUCAUUGAACAUCGAAAAGGAGAAGAUUCAAGAGCAAUUGACGUCUAUUUUGCGUGAACGCGAGCAAUUCUUGCUCGAGAAUCAGAAUUUGGCAACAACAACGUGCCAGCUGAAGAAUCGAUUGAUGGAGAUUGAGACAAAGACAUCGUGUAUCACGCAUGAAAAGGACAAAAUUGAGCAAUUAUUGCGUCUAAACGAGCAGAAGACAGCUGAUUUGGAAAAAGAACGGCAAUACUACACAUCGCAGACGAAAGAAUUGAUAUGCACUUUGAAGGAAGUUUCUGAUCAAAAGGAAAUGACUGAGUCGGAGUUGAAAGAUCAAAUGAUGGCGAGGAUUGGCGCCGAGAGACAAUUGCAGGCAGCCGAGAAAGCCCUUGAACACUUGGAGAUGGCGUUGAAGUUAACCGGAGCUCAAAUGACCGAACUACAAGAACAUAUCAUGCCCGAUGUACACAAAUUGAGAGAAUUUUUUGAGGCAUGCGCCGAGGAGGCUCGUCUAGAGGCUAACAAAACGGGCAUCAUGAGGAACGCGAUUUACGCGAGAAAAUCGAUGAGACGACGAUCGACGAGGACGUUGAGGAGCUCGAUGAAGAAGCCGACAUUGAAAGAGAAUGGGGAUAAGAAGGAUCCAAUGACUGACAGUGCCCUGUCACAGCUA